CUUUUAGGACUGCACUUGAAGUGUGGGACACUUGAGCACUCUAACGGGAGACGAAUGAAAUUGCACAGGGAGUUUGGUCCGUGACGUCACGCAAACACUCCCUUCGGUUUGAUGGAAGAGUAAAGAUGGCGCCCACCCACGUACUGAGAUGCUGUCAACGGGGCUUAGCUUGGAUACCUGUGGUUUUUAUCGCCCUAGUCGUAUGUUGGUCCUAUUAUGCGUACGUCGUGGAGCUCUGCAUUUUCACCAUCCCCAGCAUAGCAGAGAAGAUCAUCUACAUGGUGUUCUUCCAUCUGUCCUUCGUCAUGUUUGUGUGGUCCUACUGGAAGACCAUCUUCACAAGGCCCGCCAACCCCUCCAAAGAGUUCUGCUUGCCUAAGGCAGAGAAGGAGCAGUAUGUGAAGGAGGAGAGACCAGAGUCGCAGCAGGAGAUCCUGUGGAGGGCUGCCGCUAACCUGCCACUCUACACACGCACCGGGGCUGGAGCGAUCCGCUACUGUGACCGGUGUCAGGUGAUCAAACCAGACCGCUGCCACCACUGUUCUGCCUGCGACAUGUGUGUGCUGAAGAUGGACCAUCAUUGCCCCUGGGUGAACAACUGUGUGGGAUUCUCCAACUACAAGUUCUUUAUUCUGUUCCUGUGCUACUCUCUGGUGUACUGUUUGUUCAUUGCAGCCACCGUACUGCAGUAUUUCAUCAAGUUCUGGACACUUUGCCGGAGGAAAUCGGCAGAGAACUGCCCCAAGAAUGAGCUGCCAGACACUCACGCCAAAUUCCAUGUCUUGUUUCUCUUUUUUGUGGCGGCCAUGUUCUGCAUCAGCAUUCUCUCCCUCUUCAGCUAUCACCUGUGGCUCGUAGGGAAGAACAGGUCCACCAUAGAGGCGUUCAGGGCUCCAGUGUUCAGGACAGGUUCUGAUAAGAACGGUUUCUCUCUGGGCUUCGGGAAGAACAUCGCCCAGGUGUUUGGAGACCAGAAGAAGUUCUGGCUGCUACCCAUCUUCACCAGUCAGGGUGAUGGACUGACGUUCCCAUCACGGCUGGUCAACAUUGACCCAGAACAGCCCACAGUCAGCCUACAGCCAGAGGCCAAUAAAAGUAUUGAAGAUUUCCCGGCCAGUCCUCUCAGUGAGUCUCAGAACCAUCUCCUAGGCAACGAGCAGCAUGCCAACAACGUCACAGAACACCUGGAGAAUGACACUGGGAGUGAGACCAUCACAAUCAUCAUGGAGAGGGAGUCAUAACAAGGAGAAGAAACCAGCCAUCUAAUAUGAUGCCUUAAGUAUGCUACCAUUUUUUUGUCACCAUGGAAACAGUCUCCCAAUGCAUCCCUGUAGCUACGAAAAUGUCACACUCAGCAUAACCAUGGAAACGGACUUUCACGCGUCACCAUAGAUAUACCCUAUAGCCUUGUCUUUUAAUCAUCAGCAAGUUACACACACACACAAGUAUUUAUGCAGUUGCACAGAAGAACCACACAAAGCCUACUGUAAACAUAUUUUUAUUUUAGUUGACUGUGACCCGAUUGUUCACCCAGGACUGAUAAUGGAUCUCAGAAUCACUUGAUGAUGGCAGGAAUAGUAAUCAAUCUUUGCACUUCAGAGUGGAGACUGCCUGUGCCAAAAGCUGACAGACUGGGUGUUAAAUGGACCAGGGCUGAGGAAGGACCUGAACUGGGAGAAGACUGUCUGAGCUGGGAGGUACUGGGACAUAAUGAUUUGUACAGAUUUUUCACCCAACGUUUAUAAAAUGGAUGCUAUGAAGCUGGAAGAUAUCACCAAGACUGAUAAAACUACAUGGAAGAAGCCUAAUUUUGUUUACACAUAAUUUAUGGGAGUGUUUGGUGUGUACCAUCGAUGGACAUUACAAGGGGUGCCUAAAAGACAAAACCUGGACUAUACGAAGAAGAACCAUUGGAGGGGAUGCUGGACUAAACCAUUGCUAAAGUGAAAUGGGAGUGUCCAACCGGGUUUUGAUCAUGUCAAUGCACAUGUCGCAUUUGCACUCUCAAGAUUAAGUUUUAAUAUCCAUCACGUGCUGCAUUCUUCAUGUCCAAAAACAGAUUAAGAAAGGUGUGUCCUUGAGUUGGUGUGUGUAAUCAGAUUUGUGAAGAGAGUGAAAGAGGGAAUGCCUGCAUGAGUGUGUAUGUAGGCAUAUUUGUUGAGAGAGAGAGUGUGAGGAUGUGCAGGCAGGUGCUUGCUGUAACUAACAGCCUAGAAGGAUCAGCUUUAGGUGUUAAUGAAUGGAUGGAUUGAUAGUUUGGUUUACAUUCAUUCACCAGCUGUGUGUCGACCCUGAAGGGGAUUUAAUGUGAGAGUAUACAGUAUGGCCUCAAGCUCCUCCUCAACCAGUUCUAGCUCAUGGUCACUUUAUUACACGUUGAUCAAUGAUUAUUUUAACGUAUCAGACACUACAACCUUGAACAUCACCUUUUACGAGGGCUGCGUCUGAAAUUACACCCUAUUUCUCCAUAUAGUGUACUUUUGACUAGAGCCACGUAGGGUUAGUGGUUAAACUUGUGUGCUAUAUGGGGAAUAGGCUGUGAUUUGGGAUCAGCCUGAGGUCACCAUUCAUUGCCAAAUAAAGGGCUGACCAAUCAGCUGCUCUGACCUCUGAACUGGGAGUGUUUACAACACCUGAUGCCAUAGAAUUAGAAUUCUAGUUUUAGUAUUCUAGUUCUUCUAGUUCUAUGCUUGAUACAUCUCUGCUCUCACGUCAUUGGCCUGUUUCAUGGAAACCAAAUUAAAUUGCUUAGUUGUGA